AUGGACGGUCUCAACCAAGGCCCGGCGCGCACACAGCUGUUUCGCGCCUACCCGGACACCUUUGAAGAAGCCGUCCGAAUCGCGCUUUCGGAAUCAUUCUCCUCCUCCUUCGCGCACGCACGCGCGGCUUCACCAGACAUGGAUGUCUCCAUGCACGUCCAGGCAUCGGACGACCGCACGUGUUUCAAUUGCGGUCGCCCGGGACACUUCUCACGCGCAUGCCCGGCCCCUCGCCGUGUGGCGUCAGCCGCCCUCACACGGUUCCUCUUCGCGUCGCCCUCCGAGCGGGUUCGCGUCAAGAUGGCCGACGGCCACACUGCGUCUCAACCACGCAUAAUCGUCAACUUUCCCAUCACCUUCGACGGUUUCGACUCGAUCGAACCGUUCUAUGUUAUCGACCUCGAUGAGAGAUGGGAUCUCAUCAUCGGGAUGUCCUGGCUGGAGUCCCACCAGCCAUGGAUUGACUGGAAGGCCAAAUCCGUGCACAAGGUACUUGGCUCAACGCGAGCCAACCCUGGAUUCAUCGGCGGGCUGCCGAUCGCCUUCCCCCAUCCACCACCAAUCCGCUUGGCCCUCCGCUAG